CUCUCUCUCUCUCUCUCUCUUUUCUUAUUGAACAUGGCCCAGUCUCGUAUUUUAUUGGUUGGCUUAGGAAACGUACCAUUACCAAAUACUCGACAUAAUGUAGGCAUGAUGGUGCUCGAUGCCAUUGCCAAGUCGCUUAAUCUAACAUGGUCACAAAACCGUAGUUGGAAAUCAGACAUGGCUGAAACAAACAUACAAGUUCAAUCCAAAAACGAGUUUCAUGAAUACAAACUCACGCUCUUAAAGCCAAGAAAGUUGAUGAACAUUAGUGGAUCAUGUAUUGCUCAAGCAGUCAAAGAUCUUUCACUUCCCUUAAGAAACGUCUAUGUCUUUCAUGACGAUAUGCAGCGUGGGUUAGGUAAAGUCAACUUUAACCGUGUUCGUAUUGGAAUUGGUCGCCCACCCGCUGACAUAGAUAAUCGUUCCAAUGAUGUUGUGGCUCAAUUCGUAUUAAGUAAAUUCACACAGGCAGAGAUAGCUACAUUGGAAGAAACGGUCUAUCCGAUGUGGACGCAAAACAAUGGACUAGAACUCUUGUGUCAUCAAGGACAGUUAUUUAAAUUACCAAAAGUCAAGAACAAGAAAAAGAAAGCUGCAUUGAGUACAUCAGAUAUCGAAGACAAUACCAUUCAACAGGCUGCUUAA